AUCAUUGGGAUGUUGGAAGAUAUAAGAAUUAAAGUAAUGAAUCGAUUGGGGGAACAAGAAGAUUUUGUGAUGAAAUAGACUAGUGAAUUUAGUCCAAAAAGCUUGAAGUUGUAUAAUGAUUAUCUGAAGAUAGCUCAAAUUUGUAGGGUUGACUGUAAUGGAGAUAAUGGAUAUGAGUAUGCUGAUUUUAACAUUGACCAGUUUGUCCAUUUUCACAUAUUAUACCUUCUGGGUCAUCAUUCUGCCUCUUGUUGACAAUGAUCAUUUCGUGCAUAAGUAUUUUCUACCUCAAGAAUACACAAUUCUCAUUUCUGUAUAUGCUGCAGUGGCACUAAUCUGCUUCUUGAGCAUCUGUAUUGGAUACGUCAUGAUCGAGUCCAAGAAGAAGAAGGCAUGA